AUGUUAAGUGGUUUAUUAGGUGGUGUAAUUAUUUAUAGUAUUGAAAAUUAUAUACAUAAAAAUAAACUAAUGUCUGUAAGAUAUAUUGAUGCGUGGUUUGUUAGUAGUAGUUGUGUUUAUAACUGUGGCUUAACAACUCUUGAUUUUGCUCGUUUAUCUCAUUUAUCUCAAGUAAUACUGAUGUUCUUAACGUUCGUCAGUGGUAUUACGAUAAGUACACUGCCAGCACUUAUUAUUAAAGCAAAACUGCAUAAAAAAGCAGGCGGAUCAACCGUAGAUAAUGAUUACGAUCAAAAACAGGCGCAACAAAAAGAUGAAUUUUCAGUUCAAGAACAAUUCUUACCCCUUAGUGUGAGAUCUAAACUACAGUCACUACCAAAAGCUGAUGAACUAAGAUAUCGUGCAUAUAUAUCAUGCAUUAUACUUAUAUUAGUAACAUGUCUUACAAUUUAUACUGGUGCUUUUCUAUCGAUUGGAUUUUGGAUUAAAAAAAAUUAUAAAUCACAACAACUUGUACAAGAUGGUAAACCAGUUCAUCCGUUUUAUGCUUCAUUUAUUAUAACAAUGACUGGUUUCAACCAAAAUGGUCUAGCACCAUGGUCUGAUAGUUUAAUGAGAUUUGUCAAUGAUGUGUAUAUGAAUUUAUUUGUUAUGUUGGUAAGUAAAAUAUUUUCAUUAAACUGAAAUUUCUAACAGUUCAGGGAAAAUCAAACUGAAAUCUAUCUUCGUUUCAGAAAUUCAGAAGUAUCAGUUUGAUUGCAUGAGUCAUUGAGCGCGGUAACAGUGUAAAACUCCUGCCCCAUCAGAGAUUUUUGGAUUUUUCUUAGUUCUAACAAAAAGCUAGUAUUCAUUUUCUCCGCGAUUGUGGUCGUUCGUCGUUGAAUGUAUUCUCGAAAAACUUAUGUCCUUGUCGCGUCUUUUCCAACGAAUUGACUUGACAAGAGCUUAUUUUCUUUUUUCACAGUGCUCGUGCAAAUCAUGGAAAUGAUAUUCUCGAUUAAUACGAAGCUGAGGGACCCGGGGGCGAAAUUUUGUGAAGAAUUCAUCUUUUUUCAUGAUACGGUGCCGCACUAUGUGCUGAUUGCAGAUUUAAUCAGAACUUCCGAUAGAAUAAAUUUCAUAUCAUGACGUUUGCCUGAACGCGUUGUUGUUCAAACGUAUAUGGAAUUUGAAAUAUCGGGAAAUUAAGACCAAUGCGUUCGAACGCGCUUCUAUGCGAAAAACUUGAAAACGGAUUCCAAACUCGUUAUUCACAAAAAUUUAAAAGUUCUAAUGCGUUAAAUAAGAGGCUUAAUUCGUUCAAAGUGCGAUUCUAAGGGUCUGAAAUUCUAAUACGAGCUAGCGGAUUGGGUAAUGUUCAUUAAAAAAACUUUUAUUAAAAACAUUUUUAAUAAAAGUGUAAGCGUCUGCUUACACUAGCAGUGAAAAAACCACUCAGAAAAAACACUGCUUCUCCCUUUACGACUGCGCAAAAUAUGCGACCGUACUGUGAUGUAAACUAAAUGUGUAUAUAUUUUAAAAAUA